AAGGACCAAGCCAGAGAGGAGUUCCAAGCAGGGGGCUGCAGGACAGACAAGAAAGGCAGCACACRUCAGGCUUCAGGCAGCAUCGCUGCAGCCCUCCCCAACAAAGAGGAAGAAAAUUCCUGCGCUCAGGGCCUCACCUUUCGAUGGUGAUUGUGUGAUGCAAGUCCUAGGAGUCUCUUUAUCUGCGAUGAACUUCUCUAUGGCCUCUUCUUGCUGACAKUAGCCCCAGUGCUGGGCACACGGGAAGGAUGCUGAAGAAUGGGUACCCCCCUUUUGRCUUUUAGAACAUGGACACUUGUAUAAAGAUGCAGCUGUGAUCCUCGGCUGUGUGUCUCACCGAAGGGACCUGAUGUUUUACGUUAUUGGUGGGAUCACAGUGUCUGUGGUAGCCUUCUUCUUCACCAUUAAGUUCUUCUUGGAGCUCGCCGCACGUAUAGUCAGCUUCCUUCAGCAUGAGGACCGGGAACGCCGAGGGGAGCGAACUAUUUAUGACUACGUGCGAGGCAACUACCUGGAUCCCCGGUCCUGCAAGAUCUCCUGGGAUUGGAAGGACCCCUAUGAGGUGGGCCAUAGCAUGGCCUUCCGAGUGCAUUUGUUCUAUAAGAAUGGGCAGCCCUUCCCUGCUCAYCGGCCUGUGGGGCUCCGUGUCCACAUCUGCCACGUGGAGCUAGCAAUUGAUAUUCCUGUAACCCAGGAAGUUCUUCAGGAGCCUAAUUCCAAUGUGGUGAAAGUGGCCUUCACUGUGCGCAGGGCUGGGAGAUAUGAGAUCACUGUAAAACUCGGUGGCUUGAAUGUGGCCUACAGUCCCUACUACAAGGUGUUUCAGCCAGGGACGGUUGUUCCCUCCAAAACCAAAAUUGUCUGCCACUUCUCCACACUGGUGCUGACCUGUGGGCAGCAGCACACCCUGCAGAUCGUUCCGAGAGACGAGUAUGACAAUCCCACCAGCAAUUCGGUAUCCCUCAUAGAUGAGCACAAUUACAGCCUCUCCAUCCACGAGCUGGGGCCUCAGGAAGAUGAGGAGAGCUCGGAUGUUUUGUUUGAGAAGUCGGUGGUGUCCAAUCGGCAAACGUGCCAAGUGCUCCUGCGGCUCACCUUGCACCGCAGGGGCUGUUUCCAUGCCUGCAUCUCCUACCAGAACCAGCCCAUAAGCAACGGGGAUUUUGACAUCAUUGUCCUAAGUGAGAAUGAGAAGAACAUCGUGGAACGCAACGUGUCCACCUCGGGGGUCAGCAUCUACUUUGAAGCCUACCUUUACAAUGCCUCCAGUUACACCAACACGCAGUGGCACCUCCCGCCCACGCACCUGAGCUCCUCCCAGCGCCGCCCUUCAACCGCCACUGAGGAUGAGGAUGAAGAUUCUCCCUCUGACAGCCAAACUCCCGAGAAAGUGAAGAAACCUAAAAAAGUCUACUGCUACGUGUCACCCAAGCAAUUCUCAGUGAAAGAGUUCUAUUUGAAGAUAAUUCCUUGGCGUCUUUUCACCUUUAGAGUGUGUCCUGGCACGAAGUUCUCAUACCUUGGUCCUGACCCUGUGCACAAGCUUCUGACACUGGUGGUGGAUGAUGGGAUCCAGCCCCCUGUGGAGCUCAGCUGCAAGGAAAGGAACAUCUUGGCAGCCACUUUCAUUCGCUCUCUGCAUAAAAACAUAGGAGGCUCGGAGACCUUCCAGGACAAGGUGAACUUCUUCCAGCGGGAGCUGCGCCAGGUGCACAUGAAGAGGCCUCACUCGAAGGUCACGCUCAAGGUCAGCCGCCACUGCCUGCUGGAGUCGUCUCUCAAAGCAACGCGGAAUUUUUCCGUUUCUGACUGGAGCAAAAACUUUGAAGUGAUUUUUCAGGAUGAAGAAGCUCUGGACUGGGGAGGUCCACGCAGAGAGUGGUUUGAGCUCAUCUGUAAGGCGUUGUUUGAUACCACCAACCAACUCUUCACCCGUUUUAGUGAUAACAACCAGGCCCUGGUUCAUCCGAACCCGGGGCGUCCCCCGCAUUUACGGCUGAAAGUCUACGAGUUUGCCGGGCGCCUGGUGGGCAAGUGUCUCUACGAGUCGUCCCUGGGCGGUGCCUACAAGCAGCUGGUGCGAGCCCGGUUCACCCGCUCCUUCCUGGCCCAGAUCAUCGGGCUGCGCAUGCACUACAAGUAUUUUGAAACAGAUGACCCAGAAUUCUAUAAAUCCAAGGUCUGUUUCAUACUGAACAACGACGUGAGUGAGAUGGAUCUGGUCUUUGCUGAAGAGAAGUACAGCAAAACAGGACAGCUGGAGAAGGUGGUUGAACUUGUGGCCGGAGGGGCUCAGGUGCCUGUAAGCAACGAAAAUAAAAUCUUGUAUCUGAACCUGCUCGCGCAGUACAGGCUGGCUAACCAGGUUAGAGAGGAAGUGGAGCACUUCCUGAAAGGUCUCAAUGAGCUGGUUCCUGAGAACCUCCUCGCUAUCUUCGAUGAGAAUGAGCUAGAGUUGCUUAUGUGUGGCACUGGGGACAUCAGUGUCUGCGACUUCAAGGCGCAUGCUGUAGUGGUAGGAGGAUCUUGGCAUUUUCGUGAGAAGGUCAUGAGGUGGUUUUGGACUGUGGUCUCCAGUUUCACGCAGGAGGAGCUGGCCAGGCUCCUGCAGUUCACAACUGGUUCCUCCCAGCUGCCCCCGGGAGGCUUUGCUGCGCUCUGUCCAUCCUUCCAGAUCAUCGCGGCGCCCACCCACAGCACGCUGCCGACAGCCCACACCUGUUUUAACCAGUUGUGCCUCCCAACUUACAACUCCUAUGAAGAAGUGCAUAAGAUGCUGCAGCUGGCCAUCAGCGAGGGUUGUGAGGGCUUUGGCAUGCUGUGAAUUUCCCCUUUCCAGGAGUCUACCCAGCCUCCUGGCUCCCCAUGGCCAGGCCCAGGUUCAAUCUGCUGCUACUUCUCUUUCCCUUCGCAUGGGCAAUGGAGGUGGAGCACAGACUCCAUGUAAAGGAAUCUGUCAUCCAGAAGAUAUCAUGUGGCCUUUCCCUAUCCACAGUAUGUCACCAAGAGCUCAUUUUUUUUCCUUUCCCUCAUUCUCCUUUUGGUUCAGUGUGGAACAGGAAGAGCACUGCGGUGCAUCCAUCAGGAAGGUAUUGCACUGGAUUUCCCUGCACCUUGAACACUCUUCCUAUCAUGAGAAGAUGAAGCCCAUGAGCAGAAGUCGCACUGAGGUGCAGAAGAUCUGCUGAGCUGCCUUUAUUCUGGCUGUCUGGGAGGAAGGGGGAAGAGCAGCUUGGAGGGCUGCUGGAAACCUGGCUUGUGAGAAGCCUUAGUAAUUUUCCAUGCUUUGGCUCAGGUGCCCCUGUGAUGCUCCCCAAGAGCUCACCUCACUCAGUGGCUCAUGAGAGGUACAGAGCUGUCCUUCCUUUCAGCACCUGGGUUUCUGGUUUUCCUGCAUCUUGCUCUGGAUGUUGCUUUCUGUUGCCUCUGCCAGAGGUCCAAAAUGGUCAGCACCUCCUGGAGGAAGUAACCCAGAGGGGACAACAGUCUCGUGAGAGCACAAGUGCUGGCCCUGACAGUGAUUCUGUACUACCUCCACCAGGGUCUGGCCGCAGCAGCACCCUUCUCCAGCAGCAGCUGGCCAUGAGCCUCUGCAAUGAACUGGAAGAAGAAUUUCUCCUCCACUGAAUGUUUCUGACAGCGAAGUUAUGACGUUGCACAGGAAGCUGUCCCAUGCCCUGCCUUCCUUUCCCUUCCUCAGGAGAGAGGGGAUGGGCACGCAUGCGAUCCCUCAGUGCUGAGCACCCAAGCCUGUCCCACGUUCACCUUCAGGGUAUGUAGUAACAGUGGUAGGUCUGUGAGCAGCUACAGCGUGUGCUGGGCUUGUCUUGGUGCAGAAGUGCACACGGGGUAAUGGUUCUGGGCAGAACAUGGUACCUCCGCCCUGGCAUCCCACAGGGUCUCGGCUUCUACCUCUGUCAUGCGGUAGCCUUCUCUUUUCUACUGCAUUUCAGGCAGUUCCAGAGGGAUGUUGGUGCCUGGAGAGCAACUGGCUUCCUCUCCUCUCAGUCCUCCUCCCUUCUCUUUCUCACACGCUCCUUUCUYGCUGUUCCAUUCAGUGCUGCUGGCUUUGAGGCACAAAGUGCUCACUAGAACUUCACCCACAGUGAAUCCUGCCCGGGUAGUGCUUCCCACUGUGGCUUGGCCUGUGGGGAGCAGCGUGGACAAACCAGAAUGAGAAGUAAGCUUUUGAUCGGGGCGUGUUAUUGCUGGCAGUCUGGUCAGGCCUUCCCAAGGAUAUAAAGGGAAGGGGAGUCUGGGAAUCUUGAAGGGUUUGGUAAUGCAAAGUCCAAGGAGAGCUUUAGGUUUUCAGCAGCCCCAGAAGCCAAAGAGCUGUUGGUAGCUGACAAGCAUGAGAAACCUGCGUUGCUGCUGCCAUAUUGGCAACAUAAAUUUUUCCUGGAUUACACAGGUACAUUUYUUUUUUCCAGAAUGGGGUCUCAAGCUGGCAUCUCUGAGCUAAUUUAACACAAUGUUAGAUAAAAAACUGCAUCCUCCUCUUUGGUCCGUUUUUCUUCYGCUGUUGAGCUCUUCUAGGCAGACUGCUGCACAGUGCAGAUUUAAGAUGACUGUGUGUUCUUUUUUAAUACAGCCUAGCUGAAUUGACUAGGAAUUUGGGGAAGCAUUCUACAUCUAGAAAAUCUCUUUAUGAAGGCAGCAUCUUAGCUAUUCUUGGGCUAUGUGUAUCACCUCUGUACAGAAACAACAAGCCAUUAUGGUGCCAAAAAGCAGCCAGCUGAGAUUGCUCAGGGGGAUUUUUUUAGCCUGGUGAAUUCCUUCCCUGUUGGGCACCGAGGUGCUGGGAGGCUGUCAGCUCGAGAGCUGCCACAGUUGCGCUCUGACAGUUCACUGCAGCAGUGGCUGUGCUCUCAGUUUUUGAGCGUGGGCUCCUUUCUGUGAAGUCCCAGCCUCGUUGGGGUGAAGAGCGUGGGACCAUUUUCCUCACGCUAGGGAUGGCCGGGGCGGCCAGCACAGUUGCAGCUCCCGUGCUGSCCGUGCCACCACGCCGUGCCGCCUCGGCGCAGCGAGGGGAGACGGUGGCGGGGCCCGAGCUCUGCCCCGUGCGAGGUGUCCCUUGGUGCUGCUCCCUGGUGCAGCCGCCUCCUGUGGCGUUACCUGGCGAGGACGUUUCCAGCCCCGCGGCAGCCUCAGCCGAUGACAUCUUCCUCAGGAAUCUUCUCCCCUCUUCCUUUGAGCUGGACUGUUUUUGGGCAAAGUAAGUGGGUGAUGGACAAACUUCCUUUACUUGAAAGAGCUCCUACAUGCUUUACASCAUGCUGCAGACAGCAGCUGCCACCCCACUCCUCAGCAGCUACAGAGAUGCCAAGGAUUUUCUUUGGAACACAAGCACAGUCGGAAUUGUGAUGGAUGCUCUCAAAGAAACCCAUCUGUAUUUUUUUUCCACAAGCCUGUAGCUGGUCCCGUGUUCCUGGACUCUAUCACACCAUUUCUAAACUUGUGUCUAGCUCUGUACCUUCUGCAGCGUGUUAGCUCUUUGUGCUGCCCUUAGGCCGGUAGCGGGGAUGCGCUGUGGUCGCCUGUACUGUAUGUUUCUUCUGGCAGAA